UGUAACUCGAACACAAGGAGCCCGAGAGAAGGGCUCCACUUUCACAGAUUUCCAGCUGAUGUCGGGCGCUGCAGGAGCUGGCUCGCCGCUGUCAGCAAUCCGAAAUACGACGAGAAAGCCCCGCCGGAGAAGCUGAAAAAUCUUCGGGUAUGCUCUUUUCAUUUCACGCCGGAGGAUUAUGUCAAGGAUCUGAGGAGCGAAUUGCUUGGAGGCCAAGGGAGGUACACGCUGAAGGACACCACUGUUCCCUCCGUGUUCGGUGAGACAACCCGUGUUGAAAACCAGCCUCCAGAAAAGCGAGCCCGGACUGAGGCUGUUUUGGCAGGGCUAUCCAAUUCUGGCACAUCUACAACACUGCCUGGACCAUCUUUUUCGAUUCCACAGACAUUAACACCAUCAAAAAAUACAGCACAGUGUGUUCACAAGAGUUUGAAAAGACAUUUGUUUUCUAGCACUGCAAUGACAGAAGCACCACACUCACCACUUGACUUUGGUAUAAGCUUAAACAGCAGAGAAUAUCAAUAUCCACACAAUGAGAACUACCGACCAGAAAUGGAGUCCAGCCUCACCUCAUCCUCUGAGGAAGAGACUGACAGGACAGGUGGGCAGGAGCCCAAGGUAAUUGUUUACCAGUCCUGUGUGUUGGAGCUCUUCAAGAUGUGCCAGACCUGUGGGUCACCUAUAAACAGCACAGACAUUAGUUAUUUUGGUGCACAGAUGCGGGUCAAGUGGGACUGUCUCAAAGGACACAAUGGGACUUGGACAUCAUCUCCUGAAAUUCAUGGAAUGCCAGAGGUAGACCUGCUUGUGGCGUCUGCAGUACUCUUUACUGGGGCCACGAUAACAGAGUUGGAGGACAUGUCCAAGGUCAUGAACCUCAAAGUGAUAUCUCCGACUACAUUCUGUGGUAUACAGAAGGCAUACCUCUUUCCUGCCAUAGAACAACUGUACACUUUGCAGAGGGAUCAGAUACUGGAAAGAGCUUCUAUUAAACAAAACCUGCAACUGCCACAGCCCCCAACAAGCAGUGAAGAGGUUGGGGAAAUGCACCAACCACUCCCAAAGCUAUUUCAUCUAUCUGGAAAUGGGAGACAUGACACAUUUGGCUCAUCAUCCAAAUACUGCUGUUACACUUUUACGAUGGAUGACACGAAAGAGAUAAUCCAGACAAACUUGGUUCAGGUAACAGAGAUCUCCAGCUCUGUGGCCAUGGAAGCAGAAGCCUUCAGGCAUGGACUGGAGGCGAUCCUUGAUACCGGACUCAAAGUUGGGGUAGUGUCUACAGACCGAUCUCCAUCAAUUCGACGGAUAAUGCAAGAAGAGUACCCCCGUAUCAAGCAUCAGUUUGAUGUGUUGCACACUGCCAAAAGCUUCCACAAAAAGAUGCUGAAGGCUGCUAGGAAGAGGGGACAGGGACCACUAGCUGAUUGGGCAAAGUAUGUCAUAAACCACAUGUGGUUUUCGUCUGCUUCAUGUGGAGCCAACUCAGAGGAAUUGGUGCGUCGCUGGCUGGGCAUUCUCCACCAUGUGACAGAUGUUCACUCCUGGACAACAAAUGGAGAAGAACAACAUUGUCUUCAUCCCCAAAUGAGUGAUGGUGUCAGGAAGAAAAAGAAAUGGUUGGAAAGAGGUUCCCUGCCAUAUAAGGUUUUGUCUAAUCUGGUCCAGGACAAGCACCUCUUGAGGGAUUUUGAAAACAUGGAACUCUUUAUGCAUACAGGUGCACUUGAAGUGUUCCACAGUGCAGUGCUGAAGUACAUGCCAAAAAGACAGUGCCCCUCCUACCAUGGAAUAAGGGAAAGGGGACUUCUUGCUGUGCUGGAGCACAAUGAAAACAUUGUGAAAAGGAGGCCAGCCACUACUAAAGAAGGGGGGUUGAAAAUGAAGCAGUUCUUCUGCCAGAGGACCAAUCAGUGGGCUAUGAAGGUUGUUUACCAACCUCACACACACAACUUCCGGCAGAGGCUUCUGGAAAUUGUCAUGGCUCAAAGACAGGACCCAACAUUGCCAUACUAAGACGUCUUCAUUCCAGCUGCCUCAGCCUGUUCAGUGUACAGACAUUGCACCCAAAGAGGAAGCAAUAGCAAAACAUAAAUCUUGGCUUUGUAAUUGAAUGACCGAUUCACCUUUCUGUGAUUUUCUUACCUGGAUUAUUGAGCAUGUAUAAAGACAGGACUGAAUGAAUGACAACCUGAAUCUCCCUUUGUUUUCUGUUUUCUGGUCUUCAGCACCUUAUGGUUGACACCUUACUGGAAAAAAUGUACGCUGUAUUGUCUUACAGUUCUCUAUCUGAUCUGUGCAAGGCCUUGAGUUUCAAAGGUUUAUUUGUCACAUACUUAAUGUACAAGUACAAUGAGCAGUGAAAUGUUCAUUGGACACUCCAAAAUUGUGCAACAAAAAAAGAACACAAGUAAAUGAGAAUAAAAUUUAAAAAUUGCGAUGGACUGGCGGCCUGUCCAGGGUGUCUCCCCACCUGCUGCCCAGUGACUGCUGGAUAGGCUCCAGCAUCCCUGUGACCUUGAGCAGGAUAAGCGGUUUGGAUAAUGGAUGGAUCGAUGGAAGUUAAAAAUUCCGGGAGUAUACAGAAGCUAUACACCGAUAAAUAUCUAUAUGCAGAUGUGCAAAUAGUCUGUAUGAAGGAAUAUGUGUGUUUAUAUUUUUAUACACAUGCAAAAGGCAUUGAAGUUUCAGCAGCAAAGAGUAAGUAACAGCUCUUAGUAAUAAUGUAUACAUGGAGUACACAAUUUAAGUUAUUGUUAUUUGGUGUUGAGUGCCUUUAUGGUCAGGGGAAAGAAACGCCUAAGUCUGUGUUGGCCUUGUGGCUGCAGAGGCGUCUGCCUGACCGCUGCGGCUGAAACAGUCCAUUAUUGGGAUGAUGGGGAUCUAUAAUAAUCCCCAUGUCCCUGGUCCUGCAGCGCCUGGUGUAUAUGUUCUGUAGGGGGUUGAUUAUAGGCUUGCUGUCAUUUCCAUAGUGCUAUUCACUACACAUGUAAUU